AGGACUUGCAACUGUUGUAACUUUGCCAUUAUGGCAACUACCAUCGUGGUAACAUGGAUCAAGGAUUCAAUGGUAGUUGCCAUAAUGGCGAAGUUACAACAGUAGCAAGUCCUUUAUGAAAUGGGCCCCAUGCAGCUCAGUGAAAAGAUGCUUCCUUAAAGUGAAUGUUUGAAACACUUUUCUUUUUUUGACAGACAGAUGCAUUGCUGGCCCAGAUCAAAGCCACAGUGGCCUUAUCAAGACACCUUCACUUUGAUCCGCCCCAUCAGAUUGAUGUAUUCUUUCACUUGAUAGAAAUGUAUCCGCUGCUGUGUGGAGUACUGAGUGAGCUGCAACCGAGGAAUGGAGCUCUCUUCUGGGAUACAUACGGAGAUUGGCUUCUUCAUAAGGUGAACCAUCCCGUACCAAGUUUUGAUUCCCCGAUGAUUGGACCAGCAGCUCACAGGGCAGACAUCAAAGCUAUCAAGUUUGCUACACAUCAUCUCUGGCCGGCAUCAUACUGGCGAGACAAGCACUGCUACAGAUGUUUCAUCAAGGAACUCGGCGCCCGCCCUCUACGACUUUCCAGUAACCAAUGCGCCAGACACGCCUGUCAGAGUUGGGUUAGACGUCUCCUUGACAAUCUGCAUGAGCAGCAACCAGGUUUCUCUCCAAGGGACCUCCUUCCCCGCCGUGACGGCAGGUCGUCAAGAAGAAGAAGAUCAAAAUCGAAAAGUCCUGCUCGACAGGGCUCCAGGAAAAGGACCCCAACUCCUAGUCAACCGGAAAGUCACAAAAUCACAAUGAUUUCUUCACUAACAGACCCAUUGUCAGAUGAGGAGGGCACUGGUUCAUCCCCGAGAAGAAGAAAUAACUCAAGAGGAUCGGGUUAUAGGAUGACUGGAAACAUUAACCAAGAAGGGCUUAGUGUGGAUCGUGACACACCCGUCCUCAUGUUUGAUGAUGUAUUCGACGAUUAAAGGUCAAGAAUCACCACUGAAAUGUUGAUUCACGCUUUUGUUUCUUCCAGAAUUGACUUUUGCAAUUCACUUUUAUAUGGCCUGCCUGAAAAAGAUAUAAGAAAGAUACAAAUAGUGCAAAACAGCGCAGCCAGACUUAUCAUGCAUGCUAAAGGUAAAGAUCCCAUUACGCCCUUGUUGUCGCACUUAAUUUGGUUGCCUGUACAGAAGAGGAUUGUUUUCAAGAUAAUAGCGAUAUGUCAUAAAACAUUAGUAAGUCCCCAUUGUACCUAUAUAAUCUGAUUACUGAAUAUGUCCCACAAAGGAAUCUCCGUUCUUCUAGCCAGAAUUUAUUAACUGUACCAACAUCUAAAACAUGUUCGUUUGGUGAUCGUGCCUUUCAGUUAGCAGCACCUGUACUAUGGAAUAAACUGCCUAAUAAUUAUCUGAGGGCCAUCACAUGUACUUCCACCUUUCUUAAAUCUUUAAAAACAUACUUGUUCUCAUGUUAGAUCAUUUGGUUUAAGAUAGGUAUGUUGCAAUGUUUUGUUAAUCUUUCAUUUAGUAUUUAUGUAUUUUAUUCUAAGUAUACUUGUAUUAGACUUCAUUACCUCCUUUGUAAAGCGCAUAGAGAUUCUGUAGAAUAUUAUGCGCUAUAUAAGCAUCUACUAUUAUUAUUAUUAUUAAG